AAUGUUUUGUUUACAGCUGAUAAAUGAAAUACCACGAACUAAACAAGGAAGGAAAUUGCUACAAAAUUGUCAGUUUCGGGAAAAGAACCGACGAAAUUUAUCGUCAAGGCAUUACAGGUAUUCGCGAAAAAGGGGCCAAUGGGGACGCAAAGUAAUGAUUACCUCACAGUUGCUGCCAUAGAUUUUGGAACCGCAUACUCCGGAUAUGCUUUCUCUACAAGAAGUGAUUACCUCAAAGACCCGCUUAAGGUCUGUGCACAUCCUUGGGCGGCUGGUACCCUUAUGUCUCUUAAGACAUCAACUUGUGUCCUAUUCGAUAAGAACAAGAAAUUCUGUUCAUUUGGAUUUGAAGCUGAAGACCACUAUUCUAGCUUUGCCCUAGAUAAUAAACACAAGGACUACUACUUCUUCAGAAGAUUCAAAAUGAAACUUUUUGACAAGUUGCACCUCAAGAGAAAAUUUAUGUUGGAAGACGAGAUGGGAAGGAAGAUGCCUGCAAUGGAUGUAUUCUCGGCUUGCAUAAAGUAUCUGAAAGAUCAUCUCAUGAAUAAAUGCUUGCAACAAAUACCGGACGUUACGGAUGAUGAUAUCCGCUGGGUACUUACUGUUCCGGCUAUUUGGAAUGAUAGCUCUAAACAGUUCAUGAGGGAAGCCGCAGACAAGGCUGGAAUUAUGGAUAAGCAUUUGAUGAUUGCUCUUGAACCAGAAGCAGCCAGUCUCUGUUGCCGCCACUUGCAAGUUAAUAUAAUUGGAGGAUGCAGUAUUGGUUUUGUGCCAUUUGCCCCAGGCUCAAAGUAUCUUGUAUUUGAUGCUGGUGGUGGGACUGUCGAUAUUACUGUCCAUGAAGUACAGGCGAGUGGUUCCUUGAAGGAACUAUACAAGGCAAAUGGUGGAAACUGGGGAGGCACGUAUAUAGACAUAGCGUUCAGAAAUCUCCUGGCUGAUAUAGUAGGGAACGAUGUAAUGGACGACUUCCAAGCAACUCAAAUGAUGGAUUACAUCGACCUUUUCAGAGAAUUUGAGGGAAAAAAGAGAACCUUCAAAAAUGACAUGACACAGAAGAUCCAUUUUAAAGUACCUUUGGCUCUCAAUGAAGAAUUUAAAAAGCGAAAAGGCAAAGACAUCAAAGAACAAAUCGAAACAAAACCGAAGUAUAAUAAAAGUAUCACCUUAAUUGGAGACAAACUACGAAUGGAAGCACACAUUGCAAAGGGUCUGUUUGAAGAAGCCUGUGGAAGUGUUGCGAAGCACUUGAAGACCCUGUUUGCCGAAGGUCAGGUGCACGACGUACCUACUAUUCUUAUGGUUGGUGGAUUUUCCGAGUCCCCCAUGCUUCAAGAUGUUAUACGGAAGACCAUGCCGGACAAAAGGAUCAUUAUACCAGCAGAGCCAGGCCUUGCUGUACUUAAAGGGGCUGUCAUUUUUGGUCACGAUCCGUCUGUCAUACAGGAAAGGCGUUGUAGAUACACAUACGGAGUCAAAACAUCUGUACCUUUCAAGGCGGAAGUCCAUCCAGAGGCCAAGAAAUUCGUUGACGAUGACGGAGAUGUGCUCUGUGCUGACGUAUUUGAUAGGCAUGUGAAGAUUGGGCAGCCGGUUGAAUAUGGAAUGAGCCAGGUCACAAAGUCAUACGUGCCAACUUCGAAAGACACAAAGGCAAUGGUGUUUUCAUUUUAUUCUUCUGACCAGGCGGAACCGACAUUUGUCACGGAUCAAAGUUCUACACUUGUUGGGAAGCUGACUGUAGACAUUGGUGGGUCUGGCACGGAUAGAUCAGUGAGUGUACAAAUGACAUUUAGUGAGACUGAGCUUAAAGUAGAGGCAGUGGAACAACAGACUGGGAAGAAGACAAAAGCGAAGUUUGACUUCCUUGGCAUUAUCAUUCCGUUUCGAAAUAAAAACACUUACGGGUUUUCUCGAGAAAGGCCAAUGGGGACGCUAAAUGAAGACUACCUCUUGGUUGCUGCCAUCGAUUUUGGAACUGCAUACUCGGGAUAUGCUUUCUCUACAAGAGGUGAUUACAAUAGAGACCCACUGAAGGUAUCUGCAAACACAUGGGGUGCCGGCAAUCUAAUGUCAUUAAAGACAUCUACAUGUGUUCUUUUUGACAAGAACAAGAAAUUCCAUUCCUUUGGUUUUGAAGCUGAAGACAACUAUUCCGGCUAUGCCCUGGAUGAUGAACAUCACGACUACUACUUCUUCAGAAGAUUCAAAAUGAAACUUUUCGAUAGGAUGCAACUGAAGAGGAAAUUUAUGUUGGAAGAUGAGAUGGGAAAGAAGAUGUCUGCAAUGGAUGUAUUCUCGGCUUGCAUUAAAUAUCUUAAAGAUCACCUAAUGAAAAGAUGUCUGCAGCAGUUACCAGACACCACUGAUACUGAUAUCCGAUGGGUGCUUACUGUUCCAGCUAUCUGGAAUGAUACCUCUAAACAGUUUAUGAGAGAAGCUGCUCAGCUGGCUGGAAUAGAAAGCGAUCAUUUGCUCAUUGCACUUGAACCAGAGGCUGCCAGUCUGUGCUGUAGGCACUUGCCGAUGAACACGCUUAAAGGAUGCAGUGGUGGUUUUAUACCAUUUGGACCACGUUCAAAAUAUCUCGUGUUUGAUGCUGGUGGUGGUACUGUUGACAUCACUGUGCAUGAGGUACAACCGAGUGGCUCCUUGAAGGAACUGUACAAGGCCAACGGAGGGAAUUGGGGCGGGACGUACAUCGACAUAGCGUUCAGAAAUCUCCUAGCAGAUAUUGUUGGGAACGAUGUGAUGGACGACUUCCAGGCGACUCAAAUGAUGGAUUACAUUGACCUUUUCAGAGAAUUUGAGGUAAAGAAGAGAAACUUCAAAAAUGAAAUGACAGAGAAGAUCACAUUCAAAGUCCCGAUUGCUCUCAACGACAACUUCAAGAAGAAAAGAAGUAAGGACAUAAAAGACCACAUAAAGACAAAGCCUCAAUACGACCAGAAAGUGAACUGGAUCGGUGACAAACUUCGCAUGGAAGCAAGUGUUGCAAAAGGCCUUUUCAAAGAUGCUUGUGAUAGCGUUGCCCAGCAUUUGAAAUCACUUUUUAGUGAGGGUCAGGUAAAAGAUGUCCAAACCAUUCUGAUGGUUGGCGGAUUUUCGGAAUCCCCGAUGUUACAGGCGGUACUGAGAAAUUCCUUUCCCGAUAAGAAGAUAAUCAUUCCUGCUGAUCCAGGUCUGGCUGUCUUGAAAGGGGCUGUCAUUUUUGGUCACGAUCCAGCUGUCAUCCGUGAAAGGCGCUGCAAAGUUACCUACGGCGUUCAAACCUCUUAUCCCUUCAAGAAAGGGACACAUCCCGAAUCAAAGAAGUUUACCGAUGAUGCUGGCGAAGAAUGCUGUGCAGACAUGUUCGAUAAGCAUGUGGAAAAUGGACAGGCAGUUGUUUGUGGGGAAAGCCAAGUGACGCGCUCAUACGUUCCAACAAAAAUCAACCAGAAAAAAAUCACGUUUUCUGUAUAUGCAUCAAAAGAUCCAGACCCGGUAUACACAACUGAUCCUAACUGUACGCACCUCGGAUCAUUGACCGUUGAUUUACAAGGUUCUGGCCUAGACCGCUCGGUUAAAGUUCAGAUGACUUUCGGUGACACAGAGCUUCAUGUUACAGCAAUUGAAGAGGAUACUCAAAAGAAAAGCAAAGCAAAGUUCGACUUUCUUAGUUGAAUGGCAAUAAUACGAUGUCACUGAUUUCAUUUACAUGUAUAAAAAAUAGAUAUGAUAAUGUUAUCAGUGUGAAAUAGUGUAAGAAGCCAUGUAUCCUGCAGUUAUAUUUUGAAAAGAUAGAUAUAGAUAGCAGAUGUCAAACACUUAAAACCAAACUUGGACUCUUGACACUUUGUUGACACUUAUCAUAUAUGGCACUGCUUGAUCUAUCUUUCUGGACUAUUCGUUCUGUACAUGAUGUUGAUAUUUAUAUAUUUUAGAUACAUGUCAUCACAGGAUCUGCUGCUGCAGAAGCUAUUUGGUCAAGACAGUGUGCAUUUACACAAUGACAUAUUUAAUAUAAUAGAGUCGAAAGAUGUUAUAUAAUCCAGCUUAUUGCAUUAAGCACUGUUUCAUGUUAUUCUCAGUAUUUCAAGACUAUUAAAAGUGUGUGUUUACUGGGCAGUGUCUUCUUGUCGUAACCAAAGUGUUGUAUUCAUUAUAAGAUGUAAUGUCGGAAAUAAAUACGCGUGUUUUUAUUGUCUAUAUCACAAUGUUUGAUAAAUUAAAAGUAACCUUAAAUAAAUACUAUUGGCUUUGCUA